AUGCAAAUAUAUGCUCAAAGUGAGUCUGUCAAGGCAUUUGAGGCGGCUCUUUCGAACGAUGACACAGACAAGGUCACCAGUGCGCCCGAUUGGGCGCCAGCGGGCGAGAUCACCAGUCGUUCCGACUAUGCCAACUACGGUAUAGGCUACCACCUGCUGCGGUGGCCGGUGUUGGUGGGGCUCACUUUGUGGGUCUUACCAUUGCUUGUGAUAUAUUUUGGAAUUCGGCUGUACGUCUCGAUUUCCGAGUGGUUGUUUGUGUGGCGGGGCCCUCGUCGCCAGCUGCGCCAGAACCUCCGAGCAGCUACUACCAUCAAAGAGUGGAGGUACUGGGCGGCAAAGCUGGACAAGUUUCUGGGGUUCAACGCAUGGCGGGACGAGGAUAAGUCGACCUAUUACGAUUACAGAACAGUCAGGAACAUUAUAAGGCAGAUAAAUGCAUUGGACAGCACAAACCAGAAGGAAGCUGAGCAGGUUGCGGUCAUUCUAGAGACAUGCGUCAAAUACAAUUUUGCCGGCAUCAACAACCCCCAGGUAUACUCACAGUGUUAUUCGGGAACCAAAAAACUCAUUGACCGGUUCAAUGCGACCGUCAUCAAGAAAAUCAACGAGGUAGCGUCCCCAGAGUGCCCCCUUGCUGAGGAAACGAAAUCGGUACUGUUCAAAUCAAUGUCGGUCAACCUAGGUAAGUCUGCUCUCUGCCUAUCGGGCGGCGGCUCGUUUUGCUACCGCCAUCUCGGGGUGGUGAGGAUUUUGCUUGAUUUGAACCUCCUACCGCCCAUUGUUUCUGGCACAUCGGGCGGUGGGUUGGUUGCGGCUUUGGUGUGCACUAGAACGGAUGAGGAACUAAAGCAACUGAUCAAUCCAAAGAUCGCCGAUAAUCUGACCGCAUGCUGGGAACCUUUUCCCGACUGGUUGGUGCGCUGGUGGAAAACCGGAGCCCGCUUCGACAGCGUGGACUGGGCAGAGCGGGCUAAGUUCUUCACUCUGGGCGACUUGACGUUCAAGGAGGCUUAUGAACGCACAGGAAAGAUUUUGAAUGUCUCGACUGUUCCGGCAAACCCGCAAACCCCAGCGAUUCUUUGCAACCACAUCACCUCGCCCGACUGCCUGAUUUGGUCGGCACUACUGGCAUCGGCCGCGGUUCCUGGACUCUUGAAGCCGGUUGUUUUGAUGCGCAAAACCCGCCAGGGCUCGUUUGUUCCUUACUCGUUUGGGUCACGUUGGCGAGACGGAUCGUUCAGAACUGACAUUCCGACUCAGGCCCUCAACACAUUCUUCAAUGUAAACUACACAAUUGUUUCUCAAGUGAACCCGCAUAUUCGUCUUUUUGCUUAUCUACCUCGCGGCCAGGUAGGACGACCGGUGAUCCACAAAUACUCCAAAUCGAGAUGGCGGGGCGGCUUUUUAUUGGCGACAAUGGAGACCAGCGUCAAGCUUGAGAUCAAAAAAUGCCUGAAGCUGAUGCGCAACCUGGACCUCAUGCCGCAUGUCCUGGACCAGGACUUCUCGACUGUGUUUCUACAAAAGUUCGAAGGCUCAGUGACCGUCUGGCCCCGGAUCGGUCUGCGUGACUUCCUCAAAAUCCUCUCGGACCCUUCGCGUGACGAGCUGGCGGCAAUGAUGUUGGCUGGCGAAAAAACCGUGUUCCCUAAAAUCGCCAUGAUUUCCCACUUCAUCGGGCUGCAGCAUGUAGUUGAAAAUGGCCAGGUCGGAAUUUGCGGCUAG